UCGUGCCCACAUGUGUGCGGCUCGGCUCCUGCCGUAUAGUAAACAAAAUCCUUCUCUGGCAUGAGGCAUGAGUAGAUUUUUUCGGAGAAUCGUGCCGCAUUUCAAUAUUGCACGUAGUGCAUCCACCAAGAUAGAUUUGAAUAAUCUCGUCGCGAGCAUGAACUCGUUUAAAUCUAAAAAGGGCGCUGCUCCUAAGAAGAAAUACGCCUCCUCAAAUUUGUCCCUACAGGUUAUGGGCAGUGGUGCCCACGGAACGCCGGCUUCUCUCUAUGUUGUAUCUGACCAGACAAGGUAUUUAUUUAACUGUGGCGAAGGCACACAAAGGUUGGCACAUGAACACAAAAUGAAACUGUCCAAGUUGGAGCAUAUCUUCAUCACUGGGUCCAGUUGGAAAAACUUUGGAGGGUUACCUGGCUUGUGCAUGACUGUUAGAGACGCUGGUGUGACUGAUUUGACAAUCCAUGGGCCUGCUAAAGUGGAUGAAAUAUUUCAUGCCAGCAAGAGAUUUGUGACUCUCGGAGACCUGAAUGUAAAACUGGCUGCAGUGAUCAAACCUUUUGAAGAUUCGGUGAUGAAAGUGAAUUACGUCUUGAUAGAGGGUGAAAAUUCAAGCGACACUGACAAAUUAGCUGAUGAAAGCUCUGGGGAUGACGAGAAUCCAAUAAAGGAGAAAAGAAUUUGCGUGAGAUCUGUAGAUAGCAACAAAAGCCUCUGCUUCAUCUGCACAUUGCACCCUAGAAAAGGCACCCUGCUGCUAGAUCAGUGUGAAAAAUUCAAAGUUCCGUUAGGCCCUCUGCUGGGAAAACUCAAAGCAGGGGAGGAUAUCAUCCUGCAGGACGGAACUGUGGUCAGAUCGCAAGAUGUCACCAGUCCAGAUGACCCUGGGUCGGUCUUUAUUGUUGUUGAAUGCCCAGACAAAUCGUACCUCACUUCCUUGUUGGAUCACCAAGAACUGAAGAAGCACCAAGUCUCAGAUUCUAGCAGCAAAUCUGACUUAGUCAAAUUUGUGAUCCACUUCACUCCUCCAGAAGUGAUGUGCCUCCCGGAAUACCAGAAGUGGAUUAAGCUCUUUUCUCCCUCUACAACCCACGUGGCCUUGAAUUCAGACAACUACUGUCAGGGCACAACUGCUGUCCAUCGACUGCAGCACAAACUCCACCUUCUGCAUCAGGACAUAUUUCCACUGAUGAAAGAGCGGCCUCAAAUAGCUUCAGCUGUCAGCAAUGUUGUCCAAGGAAAUACACUUGUUAAGUGCAAUGUCCAGCCAAAACCCGGAAUUGAUUUAUCCUCUCGACUGUUAAUUGACCCUCAGUUGUAUGUCGAAGAAUGCUUGGUAGAAGCUGGUUUUGAGGAGGAACUAAAGAGUCUCAGCAGGAAACUUCAAAUUGCAGACGUUAAAGGGGCGGUGUACCCGAGAGUUACAUUUUUAGGCACUGGAUCUUGCAUUCCAAACAAAACCAGAAAUACAAGUGGAAUCUUGGUGGAGACAAGCAAAGACUCCUGCUUUUUAAUGGACUGUGGGGAGGCAACUGCUGGUCAGCUGAUAAGACUGUUUGGUCUGCCAGGGGCCAAUGAUAUUUUACGCAAACUGAAAGGCAUAUUUGUGUCGCACCUCCAUGCUGACCACCACAUCGGUUUGGUCGGUGUCAUUCUAGCGAGGAAGAAGGCAUUUGAACUGAGAGACGUUGUGCCGUCAAAGCUUAUUCUGCUUCUUCCUUAUCACGUUGUGUCAUUUGUCUCCGAAUAUAGCUCAACCUUUGAAAAUAUUGCUGACCAAGUUGAAGUAUUUCAACUGACCGAGGGUGUCGACUACAGUGAGUUCAACAGAGCAAUUGGUUUGAAAGAAACCACAACCUGCCUUGUGAGGCAUUGCAGCCACGCUUAUGGAAUUUUGUGCGAACACGAAACGGGUUGGAAAAUUGUUUAUUCUGGCGACACCGAGCCCUGCGAUAAACUGACCGAAAUGGGUUACGGCUGUGAUCUUUUAAUCCACGAAGCAACCAUGGAGGAUGGACUGGAAGACGAGGCGAGGAAGAAGAGGCACUCAACCACUUCGGAGGCCAUCCAAGUAGGCCAGAAAAUGGCUGCAAAGUUUACCCUUUUGACCCACUUCAGCCAGCGCUAUGCCAAAAUCCCUAUUUUCAAUGAGAAGUUUUCUGAAUCGGUUGGAAUUGCAUUUGAUAACAUGCAGGUGUCUCUAAGUCAACUGCAUUUGCUGCCGGUAAUGAUGCCUGCCAUGAAGAUAAUGUUCAGCAAAUACCAUGAAGAGAUGGAGACUAAGAUGAUUAAGAUCCAACAAAGGAAAGAAAAGAGAGAGCAAAUUCUUCAGAAAAUCGAAAAGAAAAAACUUGCGACCGCGUUUACAAAGUGAGAGCGAGUGUCGCUGUGCAAAUAAACAUGUUGAUCAUGCGUUUAAAAA